CGGCGUCACUGUCACAUAACCAAACAAUUUUUAGGAUAUACAUAUUUUAUUUAAAAUAAUGUCUCAUAAACGUUUCUUAAAUACAUUAGACUAUCCUCAAGCAGAUAGUGUGAAUUUAAACGAUGAAAAAACGUUUCGAAGUGUAAUUGUUUGGCUGGAAGAAAACAGAAUUAAAGGAGCCCCUCAAGCUGUUCUGGCGAAAUUGAAAGAUCUGGACUCCAAAGACUGGCAUCAGGUUUACUCGAAAUACAAAGACGAUCUAGGAUGUCCUGUUUUAGAAUCUAAAUUAGAAGAAUUACAGUGGAUAUUAGGUUAUGCCGUACAAAUAGAACAUCUAAAGAAUAAAAACGUUUAUAUAAAGCACGCGGUUGAGAACUUACAAAAAGAAAAUGCACCUAAUGUCAUUGCUGAGAACCCGCUGGAUAAUUUGGACUUCCGCAGCCAAGAAUUUGCAGAUGGAAUUAAAGAGUUAGCAAAUGCAUUAAAUACCGUCGUCCAUCCGGAUCCUUUAAUUACGUUGAAAGCUGUAAGGAAAGUAAUAUGCCAGAGAUUGGCUCCAGAUUGUGUGGAAAACCCGGAUAAAUAUGUAGUCAAAGGAACUCCUUUUCCUUAUCAAGAUUCUGAUUUGGGAUUUGAUUUGAAAGAUCCAGUUUUGAAUCAAGCAGCUAAAAUUUUACGUAUGAUUUACAUACAAGACUUAAGAAAUUUACAGACUAAAGCUAAUGAACUGAUAGUGGCGGUGCAAUCGGUCACUGCUAAUCCGAAAACGGAUACGAAGCUAGGAAAAGUCGGAUUUUAGAGAAUAUUUAAUUAAAAAUAAGAUAUUUAUAAAUUAUAUUAGAUGUAAUUUUUUCGAAUCACAUGUAAUUGAACAGUGUAUGUAUAUGUAAUAAAU